CUCCCUAAUAAAGCACACACCUCUUCUUAUUCUCCUCCUUUGCCUUUUUCGUUUUCACAACAUUAAUCCCUAAUCAUGUACCUCUUCUAGUACUUCAAGAUCCGAUCAAAACUGCAGACAUGAGUUCAAACCCUAGCAGCAGUGGUGGCAGUGUAGGCGGUGGUGGCAAUUGCAGUGGUAGUGCUGGCGGCGGAGGUGGAGGAGGACCUUGUGGUGCUUGCAAGUUUUUGAGAAGGAAAUGUGUUCCGGGUUGUAUAUUCGCACCUUAUUUUGACUCGGAGCAAGGUGCAGCCCAUUUUGCAGCGGUUCAUAAGGUUUUCGGUGCAAGCAAUGUAUCGAAGCUGCUUCUUCAUAUUCCGGUUCACAGACGACUUGAUGCGGUGGUCACCAUAUGUUUCGAGGCUCAAGCUCGGCUUAGAGAUCCUGUUUAUGGCUGCGUUGCUCAUAUCUUUGCUCUUCAACAACAGGUGGUGAAUUUGCAAGCAGAACUAUCGUACUUACAAGCUCAUUUAUCUACACUAGAGCUUCCAUCGCCGCCACCUCCACCACCGCCACAAACACUAAUUGCACCACCUCCUCUUUCAAUAUCAGACCUCCCAUCAGCCUCUUCAGUGCCAGCCACGUACGACUUAUCUUCACUUUUCGAACCUAUGGUAACGCAAAGUACUUCAUGGGCCAUGCAGCAAAGGCAAAUCGAUCCACGCCAAUUUGGAGGGACCGGCGGCGAUCUUCAAGCUUUGGCUCGUGAGCUCCUCCAUAGACAAGGGUCUCCGCAACUGCCAUGCACUGAUGCUUCACCGUCGGCGUCACCAUCACCACCGCAAUCUCUCUCCAAAUGAGACCUAGACUUUCCUUUAUUAUUAUAUGCUUGCCUUGAAGUAUGUUAUAAUGCAUUUAAUUUUCAGUGUUAUAUUUCA